CCCAACUUUGUGUUCGAUCUCCGAGCAACUUUUAUCUGAUUCAAAUUUACCAUUUUUUUGUAUAUAAUAUAUAAAUUUGUAGUCUUUAGUUUAAUACAGAUCCGUAUCAGAUCCCAAUUAUAAUAAAACCCUUUUGAUCUGAUCCACAUUUCGUAGCAAAGGCUAUUAUUUUAUUUUAUUUCCAGAGUUGAAUAAUGGAAGUGAAAGCUAGAGCUCCUGGGAAGAUCAUACUCGCAGGCGAACACGCGGUUGUCCAUGGAUCCACCGCAGUAGCUGCCGCCAUUGAUCUCUACACUUACGUUACUCUCCGCUUUCCUCUUCAAUCAGCUGAGAACAGUGAUAGGCUUACACUUCAGCUCAAGGACAUUUCCUUGGAGUUUUCCUGGUCCUUGGCCAGAAUCAAAGAAGCAAUUCCUUAUGAUUCAAGCACUUUGUGCCGUUCUACGCCGACUUCAUGUUCACAGGAGACCCUUAAAUCAAUUGCAGUUUUGGUCGAAGAGCAAAAUCUUCCAAAGGAAAAGAUCUGGCUCUCUUCUGGGAUCUCCACGUUUCUCUGGUUAUACACUAGAAUUAUAGGGUUCAAUCCGGCUACAGUAGUCAUUAACUCUGAGCUUCCAUACGGGUCUGGCCUCGGUUCAUCAGCAGCUUUAUGUGUAGCUCUCACAGCUGCUCUCCUCGCUUCUUCUAUUUCAGAUAAAACCUGUGGUAAUGGUUGGUCAUCUCUCGAUGAAACCAAUCUUGAGUUGCUAAAUAAAUGGGCUUUCGAAGGCGAAAAGAUCAUCCAUGGGAAACCUUCUGGGAUAGACAACACCGUCAGUGCAUACGGCAACAUGAUCAAGUUCUGCUCAGGCGAGAUAACUCGGUUACAAUCCAACAUGCCUCUGAGAAUGCUAAUUACCAACACUAGAGUUGGGCGGAACACAAAAGCUCUGGUCUCUGGUGUGUCACAGAGAGCGGCGAGACAUCCUGAUGCGAUGAAUUCGGUGUUCAACGCCGUGGAUUCUAUAAGCCAAGAGCUCGCUGCGAUCAUUCAAUCUAAAGACGAGACCUCAGUUACAGAGAAAGAAGAGAGUAUAAAAGAACUCAUGGAGAUGAACCAAGGUCUGCUCCAGUCAAUGGGGGUUAGCCACAGCUCGAUUGAGGCUGUGGUCCAAACCACGGUCAAGCACAAGCUUGUCUCCAAACUGACAGGAGCUGGUGGCGGCGGUUGCGUCCUCACUCUAUUACCAACCGGAACGGUGGUGGACAAAGUGGUGGAGGAGCUCGAAUCCAGCGGUUUUCAGUGCUUCACGGCGUCAAUUGGUGGUAACGGAGCUCAGAUUAGUUAUUGACCUGACUGGAAAAUCAUAUUUGGCCUCUCACCAUUUUUAAACUUGCUGACUUGUGUACUUCAAGAAGGCUGCAAAUUAGAACCCAAUUUGUCAAUUUUUCUUAUAACUGAUGUGUUAAAUGUAAAAUUGCUUUAUUACCAUGUGAAAAGUGAUUGAAAACAAGCAAAGAUUGUUUAGUUAAUUUUUGAAAUUGUUGAAUUUAAUGCAUUUAUGAUGGGAAAUAUGAAAUGACUGUUUUACU